ACAACAAACCCUACUACGGAGCAAGUGGCGGGGUGAAACUGAGAGAGCGUCCAAAACCGCCUCUGACCGCCAGUUUCAAACUCAUUUGCGGAAAUCGUGGUUAUAUCAAAACAGGAACAGAUAGCGACUCAACAAAGCAGUGACUCGUUUGGAAAUAAAUUGAAUAACGGGGUCCUACGCUACCUUGUGGAUGCUGAGGAUCUGAGGUCUGUUCUUAUUUCAGUUGGAUCAGACAUGUUAGAGAAAUGAUAGCGGCACCAGAGUUACCGUCGGAGUUCCACUAUCCUCAGGAUACGGACACCCGUUUCUCCUCAGACACAGACUUCUCUGAGGCUCCCGAUGUCAGUAUCAACCCAACCAAAGGAAAGGGGGGUAAGAAGGGGAAGAAGGUGACAGGAGAGAAGAGUAAAGGAGCAGGGAGGAUGAACGGCCACUACCAGGAGAAUGGCAUGGAGAACCUAAUGCUCUUUGAGGUUGUCAAGAUGGGCAAGAGCGCCAUGCAGUCUGUGGUGGAUGACUGGAUUGAGGCAUAUAAAACCGACAGGGACAUGGCUCUGCUAGACCUCAUCAACUUCUUCAUCCAGUGUUCUGGCUGUAAAGGAGUGGUCAGUGGAGAGAUGUUCCGAAACAUGCAGAACUCUGAGAUCAUCAGGAGGAUGACAGAGGAGUUUGACGAGGACAGCGGAGACUACCCUCUGACCAUGGCAGGUCCGCUGUGGAAGAAGUUUAAGGGUAGUUUCUGUGAGUUCAUUGCUGUCUUGGUGAGACAGUGUCAGUACAGCAUCAUCUAUGAUGAGUACCUCAUGGACACGGUCAUAUCGCUCCUCACCGGACUGUCGGACUCACAGGUCCGAGCCUUCAGGCACACCAGCACACUGGCAGCUAUGAAGCUGAUGACAGCCCUAGUGAAUGUAGCUCUGAACCUGAGCAUCAACAUGGACAACACACAGCGGCAGUACGAGACAGAGAGAAACAAGAUGGUCGCUAAGAGAGCCAACGACCGGCUGGAGCUACUGCUGCAGAAACGCAAAGAGCUUCAAGAAAAUCAGGACGAAAUUGAGAACAUGAUGAAUGCUAUAUUCAAGGGUGUGUUUGUACACAGAUAUCGUGAUGCCAUAGCUGAGAUCAGAGCUAUCACUAUAGAGGAGAUAGGAAUGUGGAUGAAGCUCUACAGUGACGCCUUCCUCAACGACAGCUACCUGAAAUACGUAGGCUGGACCAUGCAUGACAAGCAAGGCGAGGUGCGUUUGAAAUGUUUGACAGCGCUGCAGGGUCUCUACUACAACAGAGAACUGAACACCAGACUGGAGCUGUUCACCAGCCGCUUCAAGGACCGCAUCGUCUCCAUGACUCUAGACAAGGAGUACGAUGUCGCAGUACAAGCAAUUAAACUGCUCACUCUGGUACUACAUAGUACAGAUGAGGUACUGAGCCCGGAGGACUGUGAGAGCGUCUAUCACCUGGUCUACUCCGCCCACCGACCGGUCGCCAUAGCAGCCGGGGAGUUCCUCUUCAAGAAACUGUUCAGUACGCGGGAGCCGGAAGAGGAGGGCGCCCCCAAGAGGAGAGGAAGACAAAGCCCCAACGCCAACCUCAUCAAAACUACUGUUUUCUUCUUCCUGGAGAGCGAGCUCCAUGAGCACGCUGCGUACCUGGUGGACUCUCUGUGGGAGAGUGGAGCAGACCUGUUGAAGGACUGGGAGUGUAUGACCAGCCUGCUACUGGAUGACCCUGUGCCAGGGGAGGAAGCCCUGACAGACAGACAGGAGACGGCUCUCAUAGAGAUAAUGCUCUGUACGGUGCGCCAGGCUGCAGAGUGCCACCCGCCCGUCGGCCGCGGAACCGGGAAGAGGGUGAUGACAGCGAAGGAGAAGAAGACUCAGCUAGAUGACAGGACCAGGAUGACAGAGCUGUUUGCUGUGGCAUUGCCUCCUCUGCUGGCCAAAUACUCCAUAGAUUCAGAGAAGGUGACCAACCUGCUGCAGCUCCCUCAGUUCUUUGACCUGGAUAUCUACACCACAGGACGACUAGAGAAGCACUUGGAGGCGUUGCUGCGUCAGAUCAGGGAGAUGGUGGAGAAACACACAGAUACAGAGGUGCUGGAGGCGUGCUCGAAGACCUACCAUGCUCUCUGCAAUGAGGAGUUCACCAUCUUUAACAGAGUGGACAUCGCCAGGUCACAGCUGCUCGAUGAACUGGUGGACAAAUUCAACAGACUGCUGGAAGACUUCUUACAAGAGGGUGAAGAGCCUGAUGAUGAUGAUGCCUACCAGGUCCUGUCUACUCUCAAGAGAAUCACUGCCUUCCACAAUGCCCAUGACCUGUCCCAGUGGGAUCUGUUCAGCAGUAACUUCAAGUUGCUCAACACGGGCAUUGAGAACGGUGACAUGCCAGAGCAGAUAGUGGUCCAUGCUCUACAGUGUACCCAUUACGUUGUCCUGUGGUACUUGGCCAAGGUCUCGGAGGGCAGCCACAGAAAGGAGGACAUGGUGAGCCUGAGGAAACAGAUGCGGAUGUUCUGUCUGAUGUGUCAACGUUACCUCACCAACGUCAACACAACCGUCAAGGAACAGGCGUUCACCAUCCUGUGUGAUGUGUUGCUGGUCUUUAGUCAUCAGAUGGUAUCGGGAGGCAGAGAGCAGCUGGAGCCGCUGGUCUACAGUCCUGAUGACUCGUUACAGACAGAACUACUGUCCUUCAUACUGCACCAUGUGUUUAUAGACCAGGACGAUGACAACGGCAGCACAGAUGGCCAGCAGGAUGACGAGGCAGCGAAGAUAGAAGCUCUUCACAAGAGACGUAACCUCCUGGCUGCCUACUGUAAACUUAUCAUCUAUAACGUAGUAGAGAUGAACACUGGAGCUGACAUCUUUAAACAGUACAUGAGGUAUUAUAAUGACUAUGGUGACAUCAUCAAGGAGACCAUGUCUAAGACCAGACAGAUAGACAAGAUCCAAUGUGCCAAGACACUCAUCCUCAGUCUACAACAGUUGUUCCAUGAGAUGAUGUCAGAGUUGGGGACAGGAUUUGACCGCUCGUCCUCAGCGUUCUGUGGGAUCAAGGAGCUGGCCAGACGUUUCUCUCUCACCUUUGGUCUGGACCAGGUGAAAACACGAGAUGCUAUCGCCAUGCUGCACAAGGAUGGUAUAGAGUUUGCGUUUAAGGAGCCCAGUCCCCAGGGAGAAGGAAACCCUCCUCUUCACCUGGCCUUCCUAGACAUCCUCUCUGAGUUUUCCUCCAAACUAAUGAGGCAGGACAAGAGGACUGUUCACAUGUAUCUGGAGAGGUUCAUGACCUUCCAGAUGGCCCUCCAGAGAGACGACUGCUGGCUACCGCUCAUCUCCUACAGGAACUCCCUGCAGGCCGGCGGGGACGAUGACACCAUGUCUGUUGUCUCCGGCUACUCCUCCAGAGGGUCGUCGGUCAGAUCCAAGAAGACCAAGGCUGCUACUCCCAUUGCUACCGUCGCUGCAGCCAAGAGGAGACUUCCUGAAGCGGAGGAGAGCAGUAGCAGCAGUACAGAUGUGUUGUGGCAGCACCAGAGCAUGCAGACUCCAGUGAUGAUGCCCUCCCCCCACCUCACCUCUACCAUGAUGAGAGGACCAGGGGACAUGAGGGGGGAGGCCAAACGGGGGAGAGACGACAGCUAUAUAGGCGUGUACGCCCUCCCUUCAGACUCCCAGCAGCAACCACACCCUCACACACUCCCCCAAACACCUCAACUCCACCAGACACCCAUCGACUACAAUACCCAGGUGACGUGGAUGCUGGCUCAGAGGCAGCAGGAGGAGGUUCGUCAGCAGCAGGAGAGGGCCAUGAACUACGCCAAGCUCAGGACAAACCUGCAACAGGCCAUUCGGCGUGGUACAGGGCUGAUGGAGGAGGAUGAGGAGCCUAUCGUAGAAGAUGUGAUGAUGUCAUCAGAGGGUCGUAUGGAAGACCUCAACGAGGGCAUGGACUUUGACACCAUGGACAUCGACCUGCCCCCCUCCAAGAACAGGAGAGAGAGAUCAGAGCUGAAACCAGACUACUUUGACCCUGGUUCCAUCAUGGAUGAGUCUGUCCUUGGAGUGUCCAUGUUUUAAACUGGUCUUUGUCGACGAAGAGGAGAGGCGUACUGUAUUUAUGGAGACGUUAAGCUGCAGAUCAGAAGUCUUCUCUGGUUUAUCCUCCAUGGUCUAACGCACAGUGUUGCUCGCUCAGAGGGGACUGAAUGAAAACAAAAUACUUUUUAUAAUCCUUGGGUAAGCUUUCACCUUUCAGUUAGUGGCCAACCAGUUCCAAACCUAGAAGAAUCCUCCAGACGCUUAGUCUAAAGGAAGUUCUAUAAUUCUACAACAUUUUAUUUUUCUUCCAAAUGGAGAUGGAAUGAGUUGUAAGAUGUCCUCUAACCCUCUCUAUGCUAGUAUAGUGCGGUGUAGUCAUGUAGACCCAGAUUGUUAGUAGGAAAGGUUGCUAGCUGUGGUAGAAGUGGAUGGACAUGGUCUUUAUGCUAGUUUCAGUUUAUUUCCUUUCCCCCAUGUUGGACUGUCAGUAGAAUCUGUUGGUUCUGUGGUUGUGAUGACGACGACUGCUGGUGGUUGUUGGUGACCUGUUGAAUAGAUCAGCUGUAAGAGUCAUGGAUGUAGCAACACACAUCCAACCAUUUUCCAAGUGCAGAGUCCUUUAUGCGAAAGGAGUAGAAAUAACGCCACACUGUCGUACAUCCUUCAGUAUAGUUUCUGUCAACGUUUGGACCAGAGGGUCUGUCCGUCAUAUCCAACUGGGUGUGUGGGUGUGUGUGGGUGUGUGUGUGUGGGUCGUGUUUCUAUUCCGUGGUUGUUGAAUAGUCUGAGGACCCCGGUAGUUGCUGUGAAGAGGCCCAGGGUGUGUCUCAAAAGUAGUGCACUAUAUAGGGAAUAGGGCUCUGGUCUAAAGUAGUGCACUAUAUAGGGAAUAGGGUGCCAUUUGGGACAAAGACCCAGUAUUUAACAAGGAACUAGGCUGCCGCACAAGUCCUGAAGCUUACCCAAAGAUUUGGAUCCUUCUCCCUAACUGAAGAGACUACUCUCCCGACGGACAGCGAGGUGAUCUCUCUGGUAGUGCCACCACUGUGCUGACUCAGAGACAAGCAAGCAGCAUGUUAAUAGACAGAAAAUCCAGCAUAUUUAGUGUUGAAAUGGCUAUCUCUAAAUUUUAAAUAAAGUUAUAUAUGAAUCGGUGCUGAUUUUAUAACUGUGCUUUUUUAAAUUAAAAUGUUCAACAUAAGUUAAGGUUUCAUAAAUGUGUAAAACUGUUUAAAAUGGAAAGCAUGUGUAGUCAUGCAGCGAGGAAGAUUUUUACAUUUGUAUUUUAGUUUUUCUUUGUCUUAAUGUUUUGGGGUUUCUACCUCUCUUGUUUUUCCUACGUGUAAAUUAGUUUGGAUAAGACUCAUUAUGAAAUAAAUAAAUGUGACUUGUGAAAUAUCA